UCUAAGGCACAGUCCUCCUACUCCUCAGGAGGUGGGGACCUCGCUGGAGCGUCUGAUUCCAUUGAAGUCUCUCAGGCUCACCCCCCUUCCCCCACCCCAGCUCGAUUCUGUCACUUUAAGUCCAGCCCCUGAGAGAUAGCCAAUAGGAGCCAAACCAUACAUCAGUCUCCCAGCCUUAAAGCUACAGUAGGGUUAGUGGGCUCCAAGUCUCUGGUGCCCAAGCCUCCUCCACGGCUUCCCAUCCCCUCUGCCCGCUCGGAGUGUGUGCAUGAGUGGGAGCGCUGGGCUGUGCGCGCACGGCUCUCUGCCUCCCUCUCACCCCGCCAGGGCGCUUCCUCCCGCUUACUGUGCCCCUGCCCGGACUCGCACCUCGCCUGUGCCCUUCACUCGCUCUUCCGCCUGAUUUCCCCGCCGCCUUUCUCUACCAACUGGGAAUGCUAAAACAGGACUGAUGGACGUAUCAGAACUCUGCAUCCCGGACCCUCUCGGCUACCACAACCAGCUGCUGAACAGAAUGUCCGCAGACGACCGGCACCUGGGCUCCAGCUGCGGCUCCUUCAUCAAGACCGAGCCGUCCAGCCCGUCCUCGGGCAUCGAUGCCCUCAGCCACCACAGCCCCAGCGGCUCGUCCGACGCCAGCGGCGGCUUCGGCCUGGCCCUGGGCGCCCACGCCAACGGUCUGGACUCGCCGCCCAUGUUCGCGGGCGCGGGGCUGGGAGGCACCCCCUGCCGCAAGGGCUACGAGGACUGUGCCAGCGGCCUCAUGGAGGACUCGGCCAUCAAGUGCGAGUACAUGCUCAACGCCAUCCCCAAGCGCCUGUGCCUCGUGUGCGGGGACAUCGCCUCCGGCUACCACUACGGCGUGGCCUCCUGCGAGGCCUGCAAGGCCUUCUUCAAGAGGACCAUCCAAGGGAACAUCGAGUACAGCUGCCCUGCCACCAACGAGUGUGAGAUCACCAAACGGAGGCGCAAGUCCUGCCAGGCCUGCCGCUUCAUGAAAUGCCUCAAAGUGGGGAUGCUGAAGGAAGGGGUGCGCCUGGACCGAGUGCGCGGAGGCCGCCAAAAAUACAAGCGACGGCUGGACUCAGAGAGCAGCCCGUACCUGAGCUUACAGAUUUCUCCUCCUGCGAAGAAGCCAUUGACUAAAAUUGUCUCCUACCUGCUGGUGGCUGAGCCGGACAAACUCUACGCCAUGCCUCCCCCGGGCAUGCCAGAGGGCGACAUCAAGGCUCUGACCACUCUCUGUGACCUGGCCGACAGGGAGCUCGUGGUCAUCAUUGGUUGGGCCAAGCACAUCCCAGGCUUCUCCAACCUCUCUCUGGGGGACCAGAUGAGCCUGCUGCAGAGCGCCUGGAUGGAGAUCCUCAUUCUGGGCAUCGUGUACCGCUCGCUGCCCUACGACGACAAGCUGGUGUACGCCGAGGACUACAUCAUGGAUGAGGAGCACUCCCGCCUCGCGGGGCUGCUGGAGCUCUACCGGGCCAUCCUGCAGCUGGUCCGCAGGUACAAGAAGCUCAAGGUGGAGAAGGAGGAGUUUGUGACGCUCAAGGCCCUGGCCCUGGCCAACUCAGAUUCCAUGUACAUCGAGGAUCUGGAGGCUGUCCAGAAGCUGCAGGACCUGCUGCAUGAGGCACUGCAGGACUACGAGCUGAGCCAGCGCCACGAGGAGCCUCGGAGGACGGGCAAGUUGCUGCUGACGCUGCCCCUGCUUCGGCAGACGGCCGCCAAGGCCGUGCAGCACUUCUACAGCAUCAAACUGCAAGGCAAGGUGCCCAUGCACAAACUCUUCCUGGAGAUGCUGGAGGCCAAGGUCUGAUGGCCUGGCAUACGGCCUGACUCCCACCUGAGGACAGACAAAUGGAUGGACCGACGCGGAGACCUCCACAGCCACCAGCCUCAACAUUCAAGUCCUGUAUCAUGGCCAUGAGCAGGCCCAGAGGAAGGGGCUCCUCGCCUCCCGGCUGUGUGCAGUCCUGGGUGCUGUGGGGCGGGGGAACGGGGAUGGGGGGCAGGGCACAGGGCUCAUCUGUAACUGGCAUUUUCUUUGGUAUGUUUUUUGUCUGCCAUGGGCAGUGCUGAGCCCUGGGCCAGAGCUGCCUCCCCUGAAGCUGGAGGCCACCGAGGAAGCACCCCCACCCCCACCCAGCCACCAAGAUGCAGCACAUAUAUUUCCUAACCCCACCCCUGUUCCUCCACCCAUGGCCUGGGUGGGCAGUGCUCAGCGCCCAGGACUCUGGCAUACCAGGUGGGGUACCUUCUGGAAGUUGUCCUUUCCCAGAAGGCAGGCACUUUCUUCCAGCAGCCCUGCCUACUCGGGGGUUCCACGGGUCCCUCAGGAGGCCCUGCACCUUCCACCAUCCUCCCUCUAGGCUCCCGGCCCAGGCUCGCUGUCGGAGACUAGCUGUUGGAGCUCAUGCAUUGCCCUGGUCAGCCCACCCCUCAGUGCCCCCCAUCCCACCUGCCCAUCACCGCUGCCCCAGGGCCUGCCUGUCUCCCUCCCCCACCCCACCCCAAGGAGUCCCACUGCUACUUCCUGCUGUACCUCAGAGCUCAGUCCCACCGUGGUUCACCAGCCAAGAUGACUUCAGGGCCCAUAGCUGGGGGCGGUGCUGGCUCAGAGAAGGGCAGUGUCACAAUAUUCCCCAGUGCUCCCCCUUCUGCGUGCAUCUCCCCCUCCCCCAGAGCAGGUGCAGAGCAGGUGGCCCGGUGGGUAGUGGUGGAUGUGCAGAGGCCUGACCCUAUCCAGGGUGCCCUGGGCAUUGUUAUUCCAGGUUGGCAUCCCUGGGAGGAGGGGGCAGAGUAGGGAGAGGCCCAAACCCAUCUUUGCUGAGCACAGAAAGCCCCAGAAGCAGAGAUGAGCCACAGGGCAGCCCUGAAGACAGAGGCUCAGAGGAGCCUGCCUGAUCUUUCCUGGCUUCUGGUGGCAGUGGACACCAGGACGCCCCCUCCUCCUGUAUCAGAGCCACAGGAGGGCUUGCUCCUGCCACCCUUGGUCUAAGGCAGUAUGGGUGGCCCCCUGGGGGCACUUAGAAGGCCAGCUUUCUGUCGGGACAACUCUCUGCUUUCCCCUCUACCCGUCCCCCACCCCACUAGCCCUCCAGACUGCUGUGUAAGGUGACAACCAUCCUGAUUUGCCCAGGACGAAUCUUAGCACUGAAAGUCUAUCUCCCAGGAAAACCCCUCAGUCCUGGCCGAAUAGGGAAGGUUCAUCACCCAUUUCUAUGAGUGGCUACGAAAGUUCAUUAUAACCCACUCGGGGCAGCCUUGAACAUGACAUCCGGUGCUCACAGGGCAGCUUAGACGAUCUGAUCUCCUGGGGAUGAAGGGGUAUCAGGCAUGAUGGAAAGUUCUUCUUCCAAUCAGCUGCCUUCUAACGUAAAAGGAUCAGAGCAGCCCCACCCGGGGCACACUCCUAGGGAGUCCACCCGCAUUCUGUCACCUAGGAGGAGGCAGGUCCCACUCACCCAUCACUAGGUCCAGGAAGCCAGGUACCCUCCAGAGCCUCACAGCUUCCCAAGGAAAACAGCUCUUGCUGGUUCCACCUCUCCACGCCCAGACACUGCUCCUCCAGGACUUUCAUGCCAGGAUGUGCCGAGGUCGCCCUACGCAAGAGGGUUGCCUAAAUCCUGGCAGCUGCUCUCAGACAUCUUCACAUAGUAAAUGCCGGGAGUUCCAGGAAACUUCACAGGCCAGUGAAGUGUGCCUCCCUCUCCUUUGCCUGUUGGGACUUCAAGGCCACAGUCACUUGUCGGUCGGCAUCAGGAUGCUUCAGUCCCGGCUUGCUGUGCAGUCUCCAAUUUGGGUGGACAGAUGCACAGGUGCCUCCAAGGGACCAGGGAUAAAAACCCAGGCCUAACUUAGCCAUCAGGGGCCAUGCCAUGAAAUCUGGACUGGGGAGAUGGCACGGUGAGAACAUGGGGCCUGUUCUGGGGGAGGCUACCUUAGCCUCUCACAGCUGUGUGCUCCAGGAGGUGUGGCAGAGGGUCACAUCUCAUGGCCCCAUUCUCUGCAGUGUCAAUUCCUGCUCAAGCAUGAGGAUCCUAGCUGUGGGCUCUGGCAGGGGCCUGUGCACAGCUGGCCUUUGCAGUCCGUGUUUUCUAGGCAGAGCAUCUCGGGCCAACAGUGGUUUGCAGUGGGUGGGUGUUUAUACACAGGGCAGCUUUGCCUCACUGGAUCCAGUACUUAAUGCAAGUGUCCUGGCAUUAGGGUCCCUGCAGAGCAGAGGGAGCGGUGGCCCUGAUGGCUUGGUAUGUAUGAGAUGGAUGCUGCUGCUGCUUUUACACUUUAAAAAUUCUCCAAUGGCAACAGGAAAUGUAUCAGUAAUGAUGAGAAUUCUGUGCAGUGGGAAAGGCCCCCAUGUGUACUUGAUGGAUCCGUUGGUGCUCAGACUUCAGGGGCCAGCUUCUUAGUGGGAAGCCUAGCCGGCUUUGGGACCUCCCUGGGAAGGUGGCCCUGAUAGUAGAGGACGGUAGAGCGAGGAGUUUAGGACAUCCCUUCCCCCCCAAACACAAAACUGAAGUUUACCCCCAAAUCUGCUGUUCCUGGAAAGUCUGUAAAGAGGCAAUAGCCCUUCUCAGCUGUACCCUCAUGAUACAGGUCAUUGAAAUGAACCAAGAAAUAAAAUGAAAAAAAAAAAAAUCCAACCAUGGAGAAGGUGGUAUUGGCUGGGUUUUGUUUGGUCCCCAUGUCCCCACCCUUUUUAAGGAUUCUAGACUGGUUUGGCCACAUGUGAACCUUGACAGUGGCUCCCAGUUGUGGCAUACAGGACACGUCAGUGAUGUCCCAGGACACAAAUUAAGAAUCGAAUAAGAAGCUCUCAAAACCCGAGCAGGAUGUUGGGUAGGAGGCCAUGGCAGGGCCCUGGAGGAGCCCAAAUCUGCACCCACCCCUGCCCUGGGGGCCACCCAUCCAGACACUCCCCUCCCACUGCACAGAUGGGAGAAGGUGGAGGGGUUUUGCUGAGGGGCAGUAGUGACAAAGUUGUGACAAGAAGACAGAAGAGCACCAAAGAAAAGCACUAUGUGGAGAUUGUUUUAUUUUCUAAUAAUGAUAAUAUGGCUGGAAUGGCUUCUUAAGAUGUAUAUAUUUUUUAAAACGGCGGUCC